CAUGGCUCGUCUAGAGAGGAACAGUGCGUUGGCAGGGUUGAAGAUCGAGACGUCGUUUGAGAAUCGACACAGACCGCGAUGGUUGAACGAAGAUGGAGGCAGAAGAUUGUCGGGCGAUAGAGAUGGUAUCGAGGGCGACCUGAAAUGAGUGGUCUGCAUUCAGCUACACCCCCCAUCUCGGUACCGCGACCUCAUGAUUUGGAGCGAGCGGAGGGGGAUGAUGAUGUUGGCUUCCCACAUAAGCCCGAUGACCUCCCCUCCUCGCCUCUUGAUAGUUUCAUCCAAAAUCGCCGCCCGUCAGUCAGUUUUGAUCCGACUGUCACGCUUGAUUCUGGCCGGCCGCGGGCGCUAGAGCAACCCCUGGCAAGAUCGGAUUCAAGAACCCGCCCUCAACGAUUUCAAGCGAAAGGCUCGAGCCUGAAAAACGCCCUUACUCCUGACGAUCAUGAUCAGGAUCAGGAUCAGGCCCAUGAAAUUUACGGCCCCCGACCCAUGGGAAUCAACGCCUCUCUUCGACGUUAUCAGAGCCAGCGAGGCAGUCUGCCCACUAGUCCUGAGGAUGAUCUACGGCUUGACCGUCCAACCUCUCUAACGUCCGUUUCAACUGCGUCACCCCUCACUGAAGAAUUACGAACUCCUCCCGAGGCCUCCCGUGGGGCACUAUCACCCAUAUGCAUGGCAUCGCCUGUGCAGGGGUUCACGUCACUCGAUGAUCGCAACUCCUGGUCUGGCACCGCCAUCACCCCCUUUGGAAGCAAAACAAGGGGACCUCGGGCUCGCCAUAGCUCUCGCCGGUCUACUGCCUCCAGCGGCAAAUCCCCAGCAAGCAUGUUUCUUUCCAUGUGGGGAAACGCCGACGAGCCCGCGCCUCAGCCAGAUGAUGAAGGACAAAUGGUCGGAACCGACUAUGUCUUGGGAAAGCAAAUCGGGUUCGGGGGCUUUAGUACUGUCAAGGAGGCCUACAAGGUCGAAGAAAGUGGCGAAACCAAAAGACUGGCCGUGAAGGUUGUCCGAAAGCAGAUCUCUGGUAAAUCCGAGAAGGAAAAUGAUGAGGUGCAGGCGGAGUUCGAUCACGAAGUUCGAGUAUGGCGAUAUCUCAGCCACCCAAACGUCUUGACUCUGGACGCUGUCUACGAAACCGACUAUGCUACAUUUUGUUUCACCAAAUUAGCUAUCGGCGGCACCCUUUUUGAUCUUGUCCGUCAGAAUCGACAGGGUCUAAGCCUACACCUCGCGAAGAAGUAUAGCUACCAGCUUGCCUGCGCCCUUCGAUAUUUGCAUGAGGAUGCUCGGGUGGUUCACCGAGAUAUCAAGCUCGAGAAUUGCUUGUUGGACCCUAUCGAAUUACCAGAUGGCACUCAAGCAUCUAACCUUGUCCUGUGUGACUUUGGUAUGGCAGAAUGGAUGACGACGGACAACGGGGGCGAGUCUCCCGAUCCUUACGACAACGUGGCAGACCGACCACCUCCUAAAACACUUGGUCCCGCUGGAUCCAGCACCAGCGUUGCCGGUAGCUUGGAGUACGCUUCUCCAGAGUUGCUUCUUUCCACUGAUGGUGUCAUCGAUCCCUCGGUAGAUAUCUGGGCAUUUGGCGUGAUCGUUUACGCUACCAUCGUCGGCUCUCGGCCAUUCCAGGACCCCUUCGCGCCUCGGAUACAAACACGCAUCAUCAAUGGUACUUGGGACAAAGAGUGUGUGUUGAACGCUGAAAAGGACCCGCAGAGCCGUCAUGAUAGAGAAGCUGCCCUUGAAGUCAUUACCGGCUGCUUAGAUAUGGACGUCGAGAAGCGUUGGACCAUCCGUGAUGUCUUAUGCUCCCGCUGGUUGCGAGACUUCGCGGAUCCUAUGAACGACGCUGCACCCGAAUCGGCCUGGAAACUAUAAACUCUAUCCGUCCACGGUGGCCUUCUAUCACUUCUUUUCUUUUCUCGUCAUGUUGAGACCCGGUGUAUUUUCAACAGAUGAAUUCCUGAGGCCGAUUCAAACGUGGUCCAGCGGUGAUCACGACAGGCGCUAUUAUUAUACGGAUCAGCGCUCGGUGUUCGGGAUUAUUGGUCAUCUAUGAUACCCCUUGUUUUCUGCUUUUCUUUCUUACUGGGCUUCGUUUUAUGGGCCAUGGGAUUUUGAUAAAGGUUUUUGGCGUCUGAUUUUUUACUUUCGGGUGUUUUCUUUUUCUACUUUCUUGAUCAAACGACAACGAGCGAGACGACAUGGUUUUUACGACGACGGUGAUAUCUAUCUACUACAGCAUGGCGUUCAGUUCGGGAUCUUUUGGG